UUGUUUUUUUUUGACAAUGCGCAAUUACUCUUAAAAAUUUCAGCAGGUGAAUCCGCGCAGCAGCAGCAACAGCAACAACAGCAGCAACAAUACACAACACCACCGAGUACUUCUAGUCCACCACCGCCGUACAGCUGGUCUUCGACGCUUUCUUCGGCUUUCAACAAAGCAUUUCCCGAUUCGAAGGCUUCGUCAAAUGCGAAAAUGAGUAACCGUCAUGAGAGAGUAUGGGGCGGUAAUCUCCCACCUGGAGUUUUCACUCGAGAAGACGUUGAUGCAAGCACUUAUAUCGGUGGAUUAUUGGCUGAGGAUGAAUUGGACUGGAUGACGCUGUUCAAUGUCUCAACAGGAACAACAAAAGAGAUUUCAGGAGGAAAUGCCAUUGAUGGUUUGUUUUUGUAUUAA